UGGAUUUUCAGUCUUUGGGGAAUCUUCAUCAUAUGAAUAUCUGGCUCUUGCAGAUGUUUGAAACUCAGAUCCAUCACUUUGAAACCAGACGAGCCAAAAACCCGAAGAACUCUGCCGAUGAUCUUGACAUUUUUGUUGAAUGUGAAGUUCACAGUGCUGAUGUUAGUAUCCUUAUCACCUCCUUAAAGAGAGUAGCAGAGGAUGUGAAAACGAGCAGAGAAGACAAAGUGCCCUGGUUCCCCAGAAAUAUGCAAGAUCUGGACAAGUGUCACCAUCUGAUCACUAAGUAUGAUCCAAAUUUGGACAAUGGUCACCCUGGAUACGCUGACCCGGAUUAUAAGAAACGGAGGGCAUUCUUUGCUGGCCUUGCCUUUAAUUACAGAGCAGGAGACCCUUUGCCUCGCAUCGAGUACACGGCGCAGGAGACGGCAACUUGGAGAGAAGUCUACAGGAAGCUGAGCAGCCUGUACCCUACUCAUGCCUGUACACAGUACCUGGAUGCUUUCCAGCAGCUGGAGAAAUACUGUGGCUACCAUGAGGAUAACAUACCUCAACUUCAGGAUGUCUCCAGAUUUUUAAAAGAAAGAACAGGUUUCCAGCUGAGACCAGCUGCAGGACUGCUGUCUGCUCGUGACUUCCUUGCCAGCCUGGCAUUUCGUGUCUUCCAGAGCACACAGUAUAUAAGGCAUUUCUCUUCUCCUAUGCAUUCCCCAGAACCAGACUGCUGCCAUGAGUUGUUGGGUCAUGUUCCCAUGCUAGCUGACAAGGAGUUUGCCCAGUUCUCACAGGAUAUUGGACUGGCUUCUCUUGGAUCAUCUGAAGCGGAGAUUGAGAAACUGGCCACACUUUAUUGGUUCACUGUGGAGUUUGGUCUCUGCAAGCAAAACGGAUCGAUCAAAGCUUAUGGGGCAGGACUGCUUUCAUCUUAUGGGGAGCUUAUGCACGCUUUAUCAAACAAGCCAGAGUACAAGCCUUUUGAUCCAGAAGUGACUGCAGUUCACCCCUAUCAGGAUCAAGCCUUCCAGCCUGUCUAUUUCAUAGCAGAAAAUUUGGAAGAUGCCAAGACCAAGCUUCAAAACUAUGCGAUGAAGAUCAAGAAGCCUUUUUCUCUGCGCUACGACCCGUUCACCAGCACCAUAGAGAUCCAUGAAGGAAGAAGCAAACAAAACAAAAAAGCAAACUUCCAUUGAAAUGAUAGUGUAUUCCUGAAGAAACCUAAACCAUGAAAUUGUUCCAUGUACAACUAUACACAUGAAGAUCACCUUACACCCAUCACUGAAAUGCCAUAACUUACCCAGUAAAUCAUGACCACCAAUCAACCAUGCACAGAAGUGUUACAUGACUGCUUGAAGCAGGAAAUCAAGCUACCAGGAAAAAUCCUCCGGUAGCUUUGCCUUAUGCACAUACUGCAAAACCAGAAGGUUCUCUGGAGUCUGCUUCCGUAGAUAUCCUACAGCAUGGAGAAAUUCCAGCUGGCAAAGAAACAGAGGGGUAUAUACAUACAUCCCUAGUAAUCUCACCCACCACUAAUCAGGAGUUUGUAAGUGGACUUUGAGAUUUAGUUAGAGGAUGUUAUUUCACAACGUUCUUCAGCUGGCACACGAUCAGAGGUUGGCAGAAAGGGUUACUGGCUGUAUCGUAUUAAAUAUACAUUAACUUUGGGUAAUGCCGGUGGCUGAAGCCCAAAGUGAAAGCAAUCUCUGGCACUCUCUCCCACCACAAGAAUUCCUCAGGGGAAAGACAGACAGACUAGAAAAGGAGUCUGGCUGACAACUGGCAGAGCAAAGGGACAAGGAAUGGAAAGGACUGGUAGAUAUGCCUAAAACACGUUUGUUUUCCCUAUGCUGUUUCAUAACUUUUGAGAAACAUUUCUGUUUGAAAGGGAGCGUUUUAGCAUAAAGGAGGAAGGUUCAUACCUGUAAGAGUCUAGAGGAGUUGAGGUCAGUUGAGACUUUUUAACUGUGCCUGAGGAGUGUUUACCGUAUCUAAGGCAUUUACUUUCAGCAUAGGGUAGAAAGUAGAAAAGGGGUCUUUGAGAAAGAGUUUUUUACAUGGUGUGUGGGAAAGCUGAAGCUGAGCAUGCCUUGCUGCCCUGCAAGACACAAGAGUCCUAAAUUUUGAGUGAAGGCUACCUUAUGAGGGGAAAGCUAGCACCUGGCCAGGCACUGCCCCUCCAGCAGAAGACUGUAAAAUUAUUAUUGCUACAGCAGUAUGCUAGGAGCUUUUACCCUGCUUAACUAUUUUGUCAAGAAUUUUCUUUUCUCCCUUUAUUUAAAAUGCUAUUUAUUGAUCCCUUUGACCUGUGUUUGCAAAUGGGGAAAAUUAGUGCACCGAACAUGAGAAAGUUCAAUAUUAUUUUCCCAGGGUUUUGGGUGGAACUUGAGCAACAAGUGGACCCUCUUAAACGUGGCCUUUGCCAAAGGGAAUUAAGAUCUGGUGAAAUGGUUAUGUUCGGGUAAAAGAGGUGACAGCUACUACUUGAUGUAUCCAAACCAAACCUCUAUGCCCAUCCACAACCAGUAGUGUUAGUCUUAGUCUUCAAGGUACGCCUUUCACAAAAUUACCCGUGAUAGAUUUAAACAUAAACUACUAAAUAUAAAACAUAGCACAUAACACUUGUCAGGUACAGUAGAAAAAUCCUCCAGUUUGGAAGUUCAGUGUCUGAAAUGGCUGCUUAGUAACAAUUUUGGAUACCAUUUAAAAUUAUGUGGCCUAUUUCUGCUGUCGCUGAAGUUGUGGAGUUUGAGCAUGGUGUACGCUAAAGCAGGAUACGUUGUUGACCUUAGUGAAGCCGGUUUGAUUGAUCCCACUUACAGACUCUGAAUCAACAGCAAAAUUUCUGUUGAGCAGGCUGAUAGCUGAGAUGUGGCAGUAAAAAUAAAGGAUCCAUUUACAGUCAUAUCACUGUGCAGCAUUUAGUACUUUUAUAUUUACUGAGAAAAAAAUCCCAACUAUCAGUAUUGUAGAAAUAUUCCUUGAAGUGGUAGACUGGCACACUUUAAAUACUCUGACGUAAAUAGACAAUUAAAAUGAACUCGUAGAAGGAAAACAUCUAUUAAUUUGUUAAUUAACAAUUGUUGUCUUUCAAGAACAUCUCACAAGAUGACACAGAUGAUCAUCAUUAUGUUUUGUACAAGACUGCUAGAAACAUUCUCAAUAGAACCCGUAAAAAGAGAAAAAAGGUCUGUUUUUAAGUAUUUCCUGAAUGAAUCCCAAAACUGAUGGGUUAGAAAUGGAAUGUGUGUUGGAUGAUGAUAUGAAUUUUGUACAGUGUUUAAGUCUUGUACUUCAGACAUUUCAAUUUGGUUCUGACUCUUGUAUUAGUUCAUAUUUCUUGGUUUAAAUCUGAGUAAACAAAAUGAUUUCA